CACCCAACAACCAUGUCGGUGGAGCUGGAUGUAUUCGUUGGAAACAACACCAUAAUGGAUGAGGACGUCUACCAGCUUUGGCUGGAUGGCCACGCAGUUAGUGAUGCGGUGCGGUUGCGUAUGGAGUCUGGUGCGCUGCGGGACUGUGUGGUGAGCGUGGAGGUGGUGCAGAGUGACACCAUGGACCAGUUCAGAACCUUCCAGAUGUGCGAGAAGCUGCUGCAGAGCCCGGCCAAACUGGCCAAUCAGCUGCUCUUCCAGAUACCACCACACAAACAGGCCAUGAUGAUUGAGAGGUACUACCAGUUUGAUAAUGCGUUUGCCAGAGAGGUGCUGGGCAAGAAGCUGUCCAAAGGCAUGAAGAAGGACCUGGACGACAUCAGCUCCAAGACGGGCAUCGGAAUCAAGAGCUGCCGCAGACAGUUUGAUAACUUCAAGCGCGUCUUCAAGGUGGUGGAGGAGCUGAAAGGCCCCCUAGUGGACAACGUGCGGCAUCACUUCCUGCUCUCCGACAGCUUGGCCAAGGAUUAUGCUGCGAUCGUGUUCUUUGCCAACAGCCGCUUUGAGACGGGCAAGAGGAAGCUUCAGUACUUGUCCUUCCAGGACUUUGCCUUCUGCGCCGGACAGCUCAUCAGCUACUGGACCAUUGGAGCUGUGGGAUACAGCGUGAUGGAAGACAUGGAUGUGGACCUAGAGAAGGAGUUCCUGCACAACCUGAAGGAUCUCAAGGUGCUGAUCAAUGACAAAGACAUGCUGGACCAGCACAAGAGCCUGGUGUGUGCCCAGUUACGAGGGAAGAUUAAGGUCUUCAAUGAGAUGGAGGCAAACUUUAAGAAUCUGUCCAGAGCGCUUGUGAACAUCGCUGCCAAGCUCACACACACCAAAGAUGUCAGGGACCUCUUCAUUGACCUCGUGGAGAAGUUCAUUGAGCCGUGUCGGUCAGACAGGUGGUCAGUUGGCGACCUCAGACUCUUCCUCACACACUACACCAGCUCAGCUCACAUGCUGGAGACAUUCAGAUUUGAGCCCAUCUGGGACCGGUACAUGGGCGUCAUCAAGAGUUGCAUUUUGAAGAUGUACCACGACUGAAGGCCAAACAGCAUGCCCUAGUGCAGUGGUUCCCAAACUGGGGGCCGGGACCCCUAGGGCGUUGCGGAGGUACUGAAGGGGGGUCGCGCACAAAAGGGACAUUGCAUAAAACCCGGAAAAACUACGGGUUAACGGCUAACAGCUAAGAUAAUGCCAUAAUUUGGUUAGUAACAGUAGGCCUAUUCAAUCGUACAUGGUCAAUAGAUGUAUGUUGUCCUGCAAUUUUUGUUGUCCGUUAAUAUUGCUAGAUUUUCCAUGAAUAGUCUGCCCGCUAAUAUUCCUAGAAAUCCAUUGCUAGGCUUAGACUAUGGUGGGGGGGGAUCGCGAAAAUAUUCCCAAGUCCAGAAGGGGGUCCCCGCUCAAAACGUUUUGGAACCACUGCCCUAGUGUACUGUACUAGCACGCAACACCAGACAGCCUCAGACACAGCCUCACAAUCUGGGAUUCAGACAGAAACAUCAAGUGCAACACAACACAACCCAGCAUCAACAAAUGAAGUAAUUGUGAUGUUUGCCAGCCUCAGCGACAAAAUCAGUGUGACACAGCAAGCAAAUAUCCACCAAAACAUCAGUUGGCUACAAACCAUCCUUAGUGACACUCAUCCAGUCUGCUGAAAACCAGUGUUAGUCUCAAAAUCAGUGUACUGAAAUGAAAUGCCAUAGUUGCCUGUAAAUAGAGUGAUGCACUGCUCAACACUGCAUUGAAAAAAGAGGAAUGCCACUUCGAGAAGAUAACUUUCAGAAUUCUGAACUUUUCCUGGGAAAACUUUAAUGUAUGGUUCACUUGUCAGCCAAUAAUAGGCUAAAUGCCUAAUUGUCUGUAUGAGUGACCUAUGAGGUAUGUGUUUGACAAAAACAAAUAAUUUUUUUAGGUGUUCAGAUGUUCAGAAGUAUAGGUUCAUUAGUGUAGGUUCUUUAGUUACUUAUACAUAGAACAAUUCGACAUGUAUUAGUAGAUAACACGUGAACCUAAAAUAAGACGUUACCCUUUUCCUUAUUUCACUUAAAUGUUUUCAUGCUUGAGGAAGCAGGAAGCACUCCUUUUGAACCAGCUUAGAUUGUGGAAAUGAGGAGAUAUAUUUGGCCAUGUCAGCAUAUAUGAUGUCAUUAAAUGGGCAAAUGUAGCUUUUUUGAGGAUGUGGCAUAGUUUCUGAGACAGCAGCCUUCAACACAGCAGGAGUUCUGCAGUAUGUGGAGGGUAUGCUAUGCAGGAUGCUAUUUAAUUAAAAAAACAGAUGAGUGGGGUGGGGCUUGAUAGAUUCUUCGGCAACAUCAGUGGACGUGCAUUAAUCGGUUGGUAUUUACUGAUCAUUAAAAUAAGCUAACAAAGGGGAUCUCAAAACAAGAAGUGUGUGUGUCUGUGUGUCUGUCUGUAUUCUCCCUCCCUUCAUGUCUCCUCUACUCUCUCUUUGAUCUCCUCUUUGUUCUGUCUCUGAUGUACUGUAUGCACUGUAUAUUGACUUGUAAAUAGUGUUUUAUUUGAAGUAAAAAUCUGUUUGUUACCUAC